UGAAAAAAAUGAGGCCAUUCUUCACUGUGCUGCAAAGCGUGCGCGGACUAUCUUUGAAGGCGGUAACAGCUAGAGCGCGCACCUGAGAGGGAGAGAGAGGAGGAGCGCAUUCCUCUCUGCCUCGCACAGUUUGGUUUGUUUCGCUAAGGGGAGGAGAGAGAAACAAAGGGAGAUAACCCAUGGAGGGGAGGAGCUCCAAUUCCCUUCUCCGCAUGCGCGAGCGAUCUCUCGUCUCUUCCCCGCUUUGCUGGAACAAUGGCUGAGAGCAAGCGGUUUGAUACGAAGAGCACAGGUUGUCUUGAAGGCCUCUUCAACUUCCUUGCCCUCAACCAACGGUUGCAAAUGCCGAAGACGAUUGCCUAUCGAAGGCACAGCGAAGGAAGUGACAAUACACUCAGAAUGAAAGUCCCAAAGCCCAAAACUUGCAGUGAAAAAGAUGAAAACAUCCCGUUGCAGAAGGAAACUAGCAGUGACCCUCAAAUUGAUAAGGCCAACAUGUUCGUAUGGAGGACACUCAUGUUCAAGAGAAAAACACUCGGGAAAGACAAAAAGAAGAGCAGCUCACCGGCCAGCUCCCCAUCCUCAUCACGUCUGCUGCGCUCCAGAUCAAUCCAUCACUCGAAAUGCUUUGAUUAUGAGGUUCCUGAUGAGUUAGCUGCACAUUAUCAUGCAAUGAACAACUCGGGCUCCAUUGAAAUGGGUUCUUGUCACAGUGAACCGACACCAUUGCCACAUGAGUGUCCACAACAUCCCACUGUCCAAGAGCCUUGCAGGGCUUGUGGCAGCAUGGAUGGCAAAGGUAGCAUAGAUAUGGAGGCACCCAGUGAGACAGCACCUGGGAAUCUCACUGAUGAGAGUGAGGCUCUCGCUACACAAAAAACUCGUGAUGCUGCAACACAUCCUUCGAAGGAGUUCUUGGAUUUUCUUGAAUUAUUUAAUGCACAUAGGGAGCUAUUUUUGAAGAUUCUUCAUGACCCUUCAUUACUAGGAACACCUGAACAACAAGGGCAAGAAGCUUCAUCCAGUGGUUCUGUACCAUUGAACAAAUUGGAAUCAUUUCCAAGACCAGGAGGGUCAUCAGGGAAACGUAACCCUAUAUUUGAUCGGAGUGACAGUGAGAAAAACAUGCCAGAAAUCCAAAGGUCACCAUCAAGACCUACCUCUGACCCGGAAGCUGCAAAGGUCAUCAGUACAAGAAUGCCUACUGGUGUUGACAGCUCCGCAGUUUCUCUUGCAGAAUCAAGGAGCCUGAAGAAAGCUGGAACAGCUUCAAACCGUUUUAAAGCUAUCCGUAGAAAGAUAAAAGAUGUCGUAAGGGAGAACCGGAAAGAGCUUGCUCGGAUUACCAAGGAUGGGGUUUUCCACAAACUGCCAUAUGGCCAAAAAAUGACUGGGUUGACCAGGAGCUCCUCCAUGGAGAAGUUUGUCCAGGAGGAGAAACAAAUCCGAAGGACAUAUUCUAUUGCAGAAUCAGUAGACAAGUAUUCAACACUUUAUGAGUCAAUCUCUAGGGACUCAAGAAUUUCUCUAGAAAGAUUAAACAUAACAAUGGAAGGCGGUGCAAACUUAAAUGAUAAGAAGACGCCAACGAGCCUCAAAAGAAUAACCUCUCUUCCAGAGAUGCGGUUGUGUUCAUCUCAACUAGAGGUCCUGCCUGAAGUUUCAGCUUCUCGGAUUGGGUCCAAGAUUUGGAAUGUGGAAUCUGACCGCUUUUCUUCACGUGGAACUGAUGCCUUCAGUAUCUGUGCGGAAGGAAAUUCCUAUCCUGAUGAUGUCACGGAAAAAUCAGAAAAUAUUCACAUUGAAUUAAAUUGUGGAGGCUUCUUGGAAGAAGAUUUCCGCAGCAUCCUUCGAACUCCAUCUUCUCUUGGCCGGUCUUUCUCCCACCGCCGCAUUAAUAGUUUACCUUCCUUCGAUCGGUCAUUCUUUCAAGACCGUACUGGUAGUUUCACGGAGUGUUCUAUAGCAGAUUCAGAGCCACAGUUCGAAAACUUGCAGCUUGAGGACGAGGACUGGUUAGUCAAGCCACCACUGUCCGCAGGAGCAUAUGCUGCCAAUUUCAAUGAUGAAGAAUGGCUGGUCACACCACUGAAGCGCUCCCGUGUCAUGAAUGGUAUUGACCAUGAGGAUGAAGAGUGGUUAGUUAAGGCGACGAAACUGUCUGGUGCCAAGGAUGCUGAUCUUGAAGCUGAAGAGUGGUUAGUCAAGUCAGGGCAGCCUAACGAUGCUUUGGAUUCGGACUUCCGCUUCAUACACGAAUUUUCUGAACAAGGUGCUGCAGAACCCUUGCACAUCUAUGUCAGUGACAAGAACGAGGCUGAUUUCCAGUAUGUCAAGGACAUCCUCAAGAAAUCAGGGUUCAGCUGCGGCGAUGUCGACUGGUACGCGUCCAAUCAGCCAGUGAGCCCUGUGGUCUUUGACGAGGCAGAAUGCUCGUGUCAGGAGGUCAGCAUGGCAAGCGAUGAACCUCACAGCAUCGUCAGGCGCAUGCUCCUGUUUGAUCUCAUCAACGAGGUCCUGCUGGACAUCUAUGACUCCUCACUCGUCAUCGGCCCAUGGCACUCACGCUUCGACCUGCGAACCAGACCCAUUCCCAUGGGGUACCAUGUCCUUGAGGAGGUGUGGGCGAAGGUGAGCUGCUACCUGAGCCUGCAUUGGAAGGAAGGCCAGACGGUGGAGGACAUUGUGGCACAUGACCUUAUGAGAAAGGACGGCUGGAUGAACCUGGUAUAUGACGCGGAGUGCACCGCGUUGGACAUGGAGGAUCUGAUGGUGGAGGACCUUCUUGAUGACGUUGUCAUUCAGAUAGUGUUAGAAUCCAUUGAUGAAUGACUAUCCGGAGCCUCUUUUUUUAACCAGCGGCUUGAGCUUCGCAGUAAUCUGUUCAUAAGGCUGAACAGUGAAGUGAUAUCCGAAGGAAUGUACUAGAUAGAUGGAUCGCUUGUCUGUCUCGCAUUGUGCAACAGUAACUGUGUAGAUCAUUUUAAAAGAUUGGCGAUUCUAUGAAUUGUCAAAUGUGGCAGAUGUUGGCCAUGCAUACAAAGUUGGAAACAGAAGGUAAACAAUAGAUAAGAAAUAGCGAAACAGAUAGCAUUAUAUACCUGUUAAAUUCAACCAAACUGUCGUGAGUUUUUAUUAGUCAAUACUGGUAUAUC